UACUUACUAAACCCAUUUAAACUUGGCGGCAAAAACAAAAUAAGUGAAAAGUUUUUUUAAGAUUUAAAGCUUCACAAAAAGCCGUAAUGUUUUGUGACAAAGAUACAAUCGAGUCAUUAAAAUUAAAACUGAAAUCUGUCACUAAAGAGAAGUUAUCAAAAGAAAGAGAAGUUUUGAAAUUACGCAACAAAGAACGAUCGCUUACCGAUGAGCUCAAUGCUAUCAAAUCAGAAGUGGAUCAUUUAGCAGAUAAUUUAGAGAUCCUGAAAAACCAAUUAACUCAGAGUAAACACCAGAUAUCAAUGAUUGAAAUGUGCACAGCUUCAGAGGAUUUGAAAGUAGACAUGCAUGUUGGUACUCUUAACCAGCACUUGGAAGGUUUUCAAGUACUUUUUGAUAGAGACCGAAGAGAAAUAGAGGAGCGUAUAAAAGAACAAAGGGACAAGGAAGCGAAGAAGCAAGAAGAACUGCGCCUUAAGGAGAAGCAGAUAGCUGAAGAAAAUCAGCGCCACGAGCGAGAAGCCGCCGCGAUCACAGAGGAAUGUCAAGCUAUUGAGAGUGAAUGCGCUGUGCUAAAGAAAAGAAAUAAUGCAAUAAUGCUGAAGCUAAGAAAAAGGUUGCUUGAAGCUGAAAAUACAAGACGCGAAGCAAUGAAACGAAACGCUUCUCAAUUAAGUACCCAGCAAUAACGUUGGACCAUGAUGUGAAUAUUUUGCAACUAUUCUUGUCCUUUUUUCAUAAUUUAUCAAUAAAAAGCACUUAUAUGAUAAAAUUCUAAUUUAUUUUAAAAAAUCAUUUUAAGUUUCCAUCACAUAGCAUAAUAAUAAAUAUUAUGACCCACAACUUUAGUGAAAACUACAAAGAUUAAUAUUAUGUAGAUUAAUAACACUGGAUGACAAGUACCUGCAUGGAUUACUACAGACAAAUUUUUAUUGUACCACAAGGCAGUAGGUAUGUUAGAUCCAGUCAUUGUUUGUCACCAUCGUCAAUCAGUCGUGGCUAAAAAACAGUCUGUUCGUAAAGUUACAUACAUACAAUAACCACAAAAAUAAUAAGUUAAAUAAUUAUUAAAAUAUAUCACA